GAAGAAGAGGAAGCAAAGCGUUCUGAGAGAGAGAGAGAGAGAUGGCAAUUUCUAACAUUAGUUGGUUAGCCUUGGCAUCCAUAUUCAUGGCCGGAGUUCUGAUCUCCGGCAAGAGUGUCUCGUCCCAGGGAUGCGGACUUGAUAUUCCUGGUUUAGUAUACACAUGCUUGCCGAUCAUUCAAAGGCCUGUGGUGGAGAAGGUAACGAAGUCUCAAUGGUGCUGUAAUGUUGUGAAGAAGGUGGAAAUCCCAUGCGUCUGCAAGUAUAUCACCAAGAAAUUAGAGGAGCAGUUCAGCAUGGAUAAAGCAGUAUAUGUUGCGGAGCAGUGCGGAGUGACUCUUCCCCUUGGAAUGAUAUGUGGAAGUUACACCAUACCAAAGGCAUGAAGCUGAGAGAACGGGAGGAACCAAGGCAGUCAGGUGUUUUUGAAUUUCGAUGUUUUAAGUGACCAUUUCUGUUGCCAUUUUAACUAGAAUAAUGCCAUUUUGUGGCU